CACGGACUGCAAAUUGAAAAUUUUAAAUGAAGUGAAAAAAAGUUAUUACCAACUAACAAUAGCAAUAACUUAAAGGAACCGGUUUGCUAGUCAAAAUAAGUAAAUUCUCAAUACAUUAGUAUUGUGAAACUAGAUAGCUUUGGUAGUUGUGAAAAUGCAAAUAAUAACCAAAGUUCGACUUUAUCGCAGCCCAUUUACUAUUUGUUAUAUUUCCGAGGAAAACGUACUGCUGCCUGAUGUCAAAUCUGCUGAAAUCCUCGGCAUUAAAUGUGGAGAUAGUAAUGAAGUUCAAGUUAAUGACAAAAGGGACAAGAGGAACAAAUUAAAGUUCGCAGUAUCCGCGCUAUUUUUGCAACCGUUUUUAAAAGAGUGCUUGAGUUCAGACGUAUACAGAGGAAAUGUUUUAAUUAAUUUACAUAAAUUUUGCGGAUUUCCUAAGAACGGGACAGUGUUUUUGAAGUUAAUAUUAGAGCCACCAGACAGAGAGCUUAUUGACUAUGCAUGGAAUGAAAGGAUGUUAAGAGUUAUUUGGACCAGAGUAGAGAUAGAGAAUGCUUUCCACUGGCUCUCAACAUUGGGGGGAGCUUAUUCUGCUUUAGGAGAUUAUUUUGAGCAUUGUGCUGAAGAAGCAGGUAGGAUAUCAACUCGGCAAUACAAAUUAUCAAAAAUGCUCGGAGAUGAUGCCUUAGCAGCCAGAAGUAAACUUUAUUCUGCCUUAUCAUUCUCACAGAAAGGUAAACUAAAAUUGGCCCGUCACAUUGUUAGGAAUGUUGCAGCGUUUGGAAGAGACACACAUGACAAGCGUCUGAUACGCAUGUGUCAAGGUGUGUGGGCAAAGUUAAGGUACCUUAGGAAUUUGAAGAAGACACAGGGUAAAGAUUUGAUUUCUUGUAAUGGUGAAUUAGUUCUGAAAUGAGCCAUACAGUUCUUCUAGUAUCAGUUUAAGGAGGUAACAUACAAUAUUUACCAACUCAGAGAAACUCAGAUAUGCUAAUUAAUUUUUAAGAUUUGAAAGUUGAUGCUAUCACAACAGCAAUGGAUAGCCUGCCACUUUGACAAGCAUUAGAUUUAA